CUACUCCCCUUCCCGCCCCCACCCCCCCCUCCUCCCCCGCCCCACCCUCGACCCCCUCCUCCCCCCCCUUCCCCCCCCCCGCCCCUCCCCCCCUUUCUUCUUCCCCCGCCCAUCCCUCCCCUCCCGCCCGCCCCUUCCCCCCCUCCCCCCCCCCCCCUUACCCCUCCCCCCCCCCCUCCCCCCUCCAUCGCCCCCCCUUCACUCGCCCCCCUCCUCCUACUCCUUCCUCCCCUUCCCCCUCCCUCUCUCUCCCCCCCUUCCCCCCCCCCUCCCCCUCUUCCCCCCCCCCCCUUCUUCCCCCGUCUUCCCCCCCCUCCCUCCCCGCCCCCCCUCCCUCCACCCCCCCCUCCCCCGCCCCCCCCCCCCCUCUCUCUCUCUCCCCUCCCCCUUCCUCCCCCCUCCCAUCCCGCCCUCCCUCCCCCCGCACCCCUUUUCUCCCCCCCCCCCCCCCCCCCCCCUCGCCCCCCCUCCACGCCCCCCCCUCCCGCCCCCCCCCCCCCUCCACCCCCCCACCCCCCCCCCAGCCCCCCCCACCCCCCCCCCCCCCCCCCUCCCCCCCCCCCCCCCCCCCCCCCCCGCCCCACCCCACCCCCCUCCUACCCCCCGCCACCCUCUUCCCCCUCCCACCCCCCUCCACCCCCCCCCCCUUCUCUCCCCCCCCUCCCACCCUUUCCCCCCCCCCCCCCCCCCCCCCCCCCCCCCCUCCCCCCCCCCCCCCCACCCCCCCCACCGCCCUCCCCCCCCCACCCCCCCCUUUUCUUCCUCCUCCCCUCUCCUCUCCCUUCCGCUCUUUACCCUCCCCUUCUUUUUCCCGCUUCUGCUCCUUCCCCUGUCUAG